CCUCCGCGUCGUCUAGGGCUCCCCCGGCUCCCCAGCGUCUGCGGGCUCCAGGGGAAGCCCAGGCACAGGGGAAGGGGAUUCAGCGGUCGCUGGAUACACGGAGAGAACAGGGCAGACGGAGGCGCUGGAUCGGAAGAACAGGAGCCCCCCGCCCCAGGCUGUGCAGGAGGAGGCUGGAUGCUCCUGACAGGUUCCACACAUGUUUAUUGAGAUUGGCGUCUGAGAGUGCAGGCCCUAGCUUGAAGUGCAGCCGCUCCGGAGACAGACCAUGGCCACAGACCUGGGUACAAGUGCAGUUUUGGGUCUCCAAUUACAGGUGCCUUUAGAGCAGGGGAUGCAGCCCCCAGUAAAAAGGGAGGAACAAGACACACCAGGCCCCGAGCCAGGGCAGGGAGUGGAGCAAGGAGAGAACCUUCCCUUUGUUGUUUGCUCUGGGACCAUCGGGGAAUUAUUGAGAUGGGCGGCUCCACAACAGUCCAGGCCUCAGAGGCAGGACGAGCCGCCCCAGCGCUGGGAAGUCCAGUGGCAGGAGGUGCUGCAGGCCCUAUGGACCCCUCCUGAAGUUGUGCCGGCCCCGGUGACGCUACAGCUACCUGAGCUGGCACCAGGGGACGAUAUCGAGGCCUAUCUGGCCAACUUCGAGCAUGUGGCUAAUGCCUGCCAGUGGCCGAGAGGAGAGUGGGUAACGCGACUCGUGCCGGCACUCAGCGGAAAAGCCCGACAGGCCUACAGCAGCCUGGAGGCUAGAGACAGCAGAGACUAUGGGAAGGUGAAAGCUGCCAUCCUACAAGGGGAGGACUCCCGCCUGGAGACGCGGCGCCGGUGCUUCAGGCAAUUCCGCUACCAAGAGGCCGAGGGGCCCCGGGAGGCUUACAGCUGCCUCCAGGAACUCUGCCAUCGCUGGCUGGAGCCACAGAGCCACACCAAGGAGCAGAUCCUGGAGCUGCUGAUCCUGGAGCAGUUCCUGACCAUUCUGCCGGAGGAAAUGCAGAACUGGGUCUGGGAACGUGGCCCAGAGAACUGCGCCCAAGCGGUGGCCCUGGCAGAGGGGUUCCAACUGAGGCAGCCAGAGGCUGGAUUAUGGGAGCAGCAGGUCACAGUGCGUGUGAAGGUUGAGGAAGUGACUUCGGAGAAGAUUGCUUCCCCUGAGGCAUUAUGGGAUGCUCCCGGCGCCCAGCUAGAGCAGCUGCAGCCCCAUCACGAAUGUGUAUCCCAGGAGGAGGUGGGACGAGCUGAGACCCCAGGACACCAGUAUGAACCACUCUGUGUCCCCAAAGAGGAGCCCCCGAUCCUCCAGGAAAUGGAUAAUAAGCCAGGGUUGUUGUGAAGAUAAAUUCAUUGACGUUGGUAAAGAACUAAGAUACUACGAUGACAGCAGCAUUGAAAAGCCCAUGAGGAAUCAUUAAUUCUGUAUUCAGUGCAUGGCUUGAAUGGUGUGCAGUGAAUAACGCAUGGGACCACACAAUCAAUGUGGAGGAUAAAAAGAGUUGUUGAAUAGCUACCAUUCAAUGAACAUGGUCCAUCCUGUGCUCUGAAUGCAGAAAAAACAGUUUGUGAUCAUGUAAUUAAAGACUAUAAUAAUGCAUAUGCACAAGGAAGCUGAAAUAAGGUUGCAUGGGCGAGAUUAAUUCUGGCAUUCCCAACCUUUGAGUGUUCAUCUUUACAACCUUAACAUUGUGUUUACAUACGGGUUUUGAAUGUAAUAUGGAAGUCCCUGGAAAGUCACAUACACAUUAAUCAAGCUCAGUGCUCCAGUCCUCUGCAUCUUAUUUGCUCCUGCUUCUCUCCCCCUCUCAUGGCUCCUCCUUCAUUUUCUCCCUUUCCCAAGCCCCAGGCUCAUAUCCCCCACCUUUCAUCUCUGAUCCCUCUCCCCUGUUCCUCACUCCUCUGGAGAUUUGUGAGAAUAAGUGUGAUUUUUUUUAAGAAAUCCUGGAACACCAAGCUUUUUUCCAGUCCUCUGGAACUCCCCAGUGUCAAACCAAUAUUUAAAAGUGUAAACCUGAAUAUACUCAGUAUACUGAGUAUACUGAUAUCAAUACUGGGGAAGAUCACAGAGCAGCUGCUAUGGGAUGCAAUCAAUAAAGAACUAAUGCCUGUCAGUCAGUUUGUUUUUGUGGAAAAUAGGUCUUGUCAAAUAAACCUGAUGUCACUUUUUGAUGAGAUCACAAGUUUGGUUGACAAAGGUAACUCUCUUGACAUGAUGUACUGAGACUUCUGUAAGGCAUUUGACUUAGUACCACACAGCGUUCUGAUUAAACAAUUAGCACCAUACAAAAUCAGGGCACCUAUAUUAAAUGGAGUGAAAACUGGCUAGUUGUUAGAUCUCAGAAAGUAAUUGUAAGUUAGGAUUCAUGUGCAUGUGGGUGUUUAUUUUUUUGGUGGGGUCCUGCAGCGAUCUGUUCUUGGCCUAAUGAUAUUCAGUAUUUUUAUCAGUGAUCUGGAAAGAAAUACAAAAUCAUUGGUAGUAAAAUUUGCAGAUGACACACAAAUUAGGUGAAGUGGCAAAUAACAAUGGGGAUAAGCCAUUUAUACAUAGCAAUCUGGAUUGGUUUAUUUGAACACCAUGCAUGUGUAUACAGCCAAAUACAUGAUCACGCAUCUAGGAACGAAAAAUGUAGGUUACAUUUACUGGAUGGGGAUAGUAUCCUGGAAUGCAGUGACACUGAAAAGGACUUAGGGUCAUGACAGGUAAAUAAAUGAACAUGAGCUCCCAGUGCAAUAGUGUAGCUAGGAGGGUGAAUGUGGCCUUCAUAUGUAUAAGCAGGAGAAUAUGAAGUAGGACCAGGAAAGGGAUGUUGCUUAUUUGUAUGGCAUUAGUGAGAUCAUUACUGGAUACUGUGUGUCAGUUUUGGUGUCCACACUUCACACAGGACUUUGACAAACUGGAAAGGAUUCAGAAAAGAACUACAAGAACAAGUGUAAGAAAAGGAAUACAAGAUUGUAAGAAUUAUUUGAGGUCUGGAAAAUGUCUUACAGUGGGAGGUUCAAGAAGCUUGAUCUGUUUUUUUUUUAUUACAUUGUUGAUAAAUUGUAUAGUCAAUUGCUUGACCAUACUUUGGCUUGUUAUUGUGUUAUGAAAUAUACUCCUGAGACCAAA